AUGAACCUCCGAAAUUCCGCAAAGUCGCAACCGGAGGCUGCCCGGGUUGAAACAACGACCUCAACACCCAAAAGCCAGUCAAGCGAUUCGCAAACUCCGCCCCGUUCUCGCGCCGGUCGCAAGAAAGCCACAGACAUAUCCGAUACCAAAGCCAGGAGGUCGCGCACAGGGUGUUUUACAUGUCGCCAACGGCAUUUGAAGUGCGAUGAAGCUGUGGGGAGGUGCUUGAAUUGUCGCAAAUCAGACCGUGUCUGUCGGCGUGGUGUCCGCCUAAAUUUCAUCGACACUCAAGCGGUGGCUCCUCCCCACCUGAUAGCUCGACCAGACGGCUCGAAGAUUACAUUCAAAGAUGAUUCACGUUCGAUUGCAUCGCUGUAUGUAGGUGGCUUCGAGAUAUAUCCUCCGAUACAGCCUGAAAGCCCCGUGGAGGAAAAUGGUCAGCUUAAUCAUGACCUGGACACUAUUGGACCUGAUGAUUUAACGAGUAUCUUCCAAUCCGUUGCGCAUUCGUUUGAUCCGCUGGGGUUUGAUGUCCCCCAUCCUACAGCAGGGCUCGUUGAGACCGACACUUGGCAUCAGUCCCAUCUGGUGCCUGGGGAUGAACUUCUUCCACACGGAACAUCUAAUUUCGCGCGUAAGCUCGCAGACAAGCAAGAGUCACAUCAAUCUCUCAUGGAUUCCGACUCCGUAUGUUGCCUACGGACUUUCGUGGAAGAGAUAGCGCCUCGUAUGGACGCAAUGGACGAAAUGCAUCAUUUCUCCCAAGUCCUUCCCAGCCUUUCUAUGAGUGAGCCUUUACUCCUGAAGGCAUUUGUGGCAAGCGGUGCAAAAUACCGUUCCCUGCAUGACCCUUCUUGGUCGGUUGAGUUGGCAUUGGCUUUUUCUCAAGACGCUACUGAGGCCCUUUUGAGCGCAGUCCACGACCCCAGUCGUGAUUCUGUUUUAUGCGCUACGGUUGCUUUGGUUCUCGGUUUCACUGCAUCCAUGUCACCUCACUCCAUGCGCUGGGAAGAUCACAUUGCAGGCUCGCGGGCUUUGAUUCGAGAAUGCGGGUGGACUGCGAAAACACCAGGUCUUGGUGGAGCAUGUUUCCGAAUCAGUAUGAGCGCAGAGCUCCUCAGUUGCGUGCGUUAUGAUUGGGCAUUGUCUUGGAACCCAGACACUUGGGGAGUUGAUAUAGACAUGGAGAACGUGCAGGCCAGCAUCGGUGGCAAUCAUGACUUAUGGCAUCAUCGAAUUCUAUACAUUUGCGCCAAAGUACUGAUGCUGCGAACCUCCUUACACCAGUCUCGAGCUCUGUACGACGAUAUGCCACCAGCAUCUCAGCUCAAUAGUUUAUUCCAGGAAUGGGCUCUCUACAGCAGGUGGUGUGAUCAAUGGGAAAAGUCCAUACCCCGGUCCCUCAUCCCCCUCGCUUAUCUACAGCCAUGGCAAACCAAAUCAAAAUCGGUAUUUCCGGAAGUCUGGCUUACCAACCGAUCUGCCAUCAUCGCUCGCUUGAUUUAUCAUAUAACUCGUAUUUUGUUGGCGAAUACGCACCCUCUCCAGUCAGACCUUAAUGAUGAGAUGCAAAAGCUGCGGCACACCCAUGCACAUGACCUCUGUGGCCUUGUUGCCCAUGCCAAAGAUCGGGGUAUCGCCGACAUAGCAAUUCACUGUCUUGUCAUCGCUGCAGAGUGCUUAGAAGCACCAGAAGCACAGCACGAAGCCCUCGAUCUUCUGGACGCUAUGACCAAAAUUACUGGUAGCAGCACCGACCCCAUUAGGGAGGACCUAAAGCAAGUUUGGAGCUGGGUUCAUGCCCAUCCACACACCGUGGUCCCUUCGGAUAUGCAUCACAACUUCUACGCGCUUGAUCCUUCAUUGGCAAUGCCUGAAUCUGCAAACCUAAAUAAUCCUCUCUUGGAUACUGGGGACUUUUCGAUGGAGAACCAUCCAUACCAGGGAUUCUAUGUGCCGCCGCAUCACCACCACGCGCUUAAUCAGUACCACUUAGGUGCCUAUAUGAUUUGA